AUGCAAUACAUUCACGGUACGGUUGACUCACAUCAAUGUUUCCAGUGUGGGAUCACAGUCAGCAACUUUGUGGAGAACGACACCUUACUGGGUGAACACAUUCAUCACAGCAACGGCAGUUGUCCGUACAUCGCACGUGAGUUCAAGAACCAAAAAGGCGAGCUGGAUGCUAUCAUGGGCAAGGAGCGAUACAGACGGGGACAUAUCGCAAUCCCGGAUCUUGCCAUACAGGCCCAUUAUGGGCGUAUAGGAUCCCGCGGUGCACGCAGCUGUGUCAUCUGCAGCGCGAUCGAGCGAACCCACCUGCCUGCCAAUGGUCAUUACUCGUACUGCGAUGCCAUGAAAGAGUGCCUAAACGACUUCACGGGACUCGUGAAACCCACGUGGGACGAAAGCAAAGCUCUAUCUACGAUGAAAAGAGUUGUGGCUGACCUAUUGGAGAAAUACAGAUGCAAAUAUAAUGGUCUGGUCAAACUCGCAUUGGAGCAUUGGACCAGAAAUGAUGACAUGGGGUUUGUCAGCAAGAUAGCUACGAACAUUUUCAAUGAUGGGACCAGGAACUGGGGCCGCAUUGCCAGCUUGAUAGCAUUCGGUGCUGCUUUGUGUCAACACUUCAAUGAGAUUGGCAGAGAGGACUGUGUGGCGCUAGUGGGAGAGGAAAUCUCCCUGUACCUGCUGACUGCCCACAUGGACUGGCUGAUUAGAAACGACUCCUGGAACGGCUUUGUGGAGUUCUUUCGGCUACCAGACCAGGAGUCUACUUUGACAAACAUACUCCUCACGACUGCUGGAUUUGCUGGCAUUGGGGCAGCUCUGACCUUGUUGAUCAAGUGAACACCAGGCUUAUGCUCCUCGAUGACAACGUUGACAAGUUAUUGUGUGUGUGUGUG